CUCUUUCAUUCACCUUCCUCUUCUUCUUCAACCAAACCAAACCUCUUUAUUCAUUUCUUAUCUCUCCAUCUAUCUCGGACGACCUCUCAUCCAAAAUCAAACCCCUCAAUUAUACCAAGAAAGCAUUCUUUAUUCAGAAGUCAAAAACCAUUGGAUCAAAAACUUCUCGCGCCUAAUUUUAUCGAUUUGGUUACUGUUUUUUUUACUUUACAAGUCAUUUGUUUUUUCUUUGGGCUUUCUUCUCGUAUUCAUCCCCAACCAACCUUCGCCGUCGCCAUCACCGUAGAGAUUCUGCGGUGUUGCGUUUGACCGACCAAACCGUAUUAUGAACACGACAACGUCACUCUACGAUCCGAGACAUAUCUCGAGGCGGACAAAACCAUCAGACACACCAUCUUCCUCUCCGUCUCGUAGUCACCGGAGACAUCCUCUACUCCAAAGAAGCCUCUCCUCUCCGUCUCCAAACGCCACUUGCGGAGGAUCAACACCCGCCGAGUUUUGCGGCGGUACUACGGCGAGUUGCGCCGCCGUAUGGUGUUGCUGUCCUUGCGGAAUAGUCAACCUCGUUGUCCUCGCUGUCUACAAACUCCCACGCGGAAUCUGCCGCCGCGCUAUCCGAAGUCACCGCCGUAAACAGCUUGUUAAGAACGGUAUCCUCCCGCCGUUGCCGUCGGACGGGAAAGGCGAGAGGAUUCAGAGAGUGUUUCAGAACUCGGAGUUUGCUAUCUUUCCGUUGGAUAGUAGUAAUGAUGUCUCCGAGGAGGAGGAGGACGAGUUUUUUGAUCCUAAAUAUUUUGGGAAGGCGGCAGCGGUUGCGGUUGCGGCUGAGUUGACAACGGAUGAGGAGACGGAUGAAGAGGACGAGGCGGUGUUGGCGUUGGAGAAAGAGAUGUGGAAUAGGUUCUACGGUGCUGGUUUUUGGAGAAGUCCUUCGCAGAGAGAAUCAGUUUCUUCUCCGAGAGUUUCGAAGUCUCUUUCGACAUCGCCGAGGCCGUCCUUUAGAGGAGGAGGAGCUACGGUGUUGACACCGAGAGCUGUUUGGCAAUGACGUCUUUGUUAAUAUGAUUUCUUCUUCUUGAUUGUGUGUGCAAAGCAAAGUGUGAGUCUUGCUCUAAUUUGUUGAUUGAUUGAUAUUUUGGGUGGUGAGAUUUUAUUUCAAAUGUAAUGAGAUUUUGUGAUAG